ACACAGGCUUAAGUUCAGCACUCGCAAGGAAGAUAUAUCCUGGACAAAGGCAUGCCCGAGGCCAUUAUCCGUUAAGUUAUAACAGCCACUCAGAUUCAGGCUUUCGAUAUUUGGCAUUCCUUGGAUCACGUAGCUCAGGCUGCGUCGCAAGCUGAGGAUCUGCACCCUCCUGAUCCCCCGGGUCUGCAGGCUGGGGAAAAGGGACGGGUUAGCCCUCCGGAGAUGCAGCUUCGCCUCGACCCCUCUCCAGACCGACUUGUGUCGGGAAAAGGAAAAGUGACCGAGGCGGUGAAGGCUGCAAUCAAAGCCGGGUACCGUCACAUCGACGGGGCGUACGUCUACCAGAAUGAAAAGGAGGUGGGAGAAGGAAUUCAUGCCAUGAUCAAGGAGGGGGUGGUGAAAAGAGAGGAUCUCUUUGUGGUCAGUAAGCUGUGGUGCACAUUUCAUGAGAAGUCCAUGGUGAAGGAAGUUUGCCAGAAGACACUGAGUGACCUUCAGCUGGAUUACUUGGACCUUUAUCUGGUGCAUUGGCCCAUGGGUUUUCAGGCUGGGGAAGAGCUUUUUCCUCUGGACAGCGAAGGGUUAACUAUUUCUGACAACACAAGCUAUUUGGGAACCUGGGAGGGAAUGGAGGAGCUGGUCGAUGCAGGUUUGGUGAAAGCCAUUGGAAUCUCCAACUUCAAUCGAGGGCAGAUCGAGGCUUUGCUGAGCAAACCAGGCCUUAAGUACAAGCCAGCUAUCAACCAGAUCGAGUGCCACCCGUAUCUGAACCAGGAGAAGCUGAUUGCCUACUGCCACUCCCAGGGAAUCUCUGUGACUGCAUAUAGUCCCCUGGGCUCCCCAGACAGGCCAUGGGCCAAACCGGAGGACCCUUCUCUGCUGGAUGACCCUAAUAUCAAAGCCAUAGCGGAGAAACACAAAAAGACCUCUGCUCAGGUGCUGAUCCGGUUCCAGAUCCAGCGGAAUGUAAUAGUUAUUCCCAAGUCUGUGACACCACAACGCAUAGAGGAAAACUUCCAGGUCUUUGAUUUUGAACUCGAUGAUGACGAGAUGAAGACCAUCCUAGAAUUUGACCGGAAUUGGAGAGUCUGUUCCAUGCAGUGGGGAGUGAAGCACCAGGACUACCCAUUCCAUGCUGAAUACUGAGCCAAGAAGCCAUAUCUGCUGUCACUGCAUUUUAUUUCGCUAUUUGUAUUUUCCCUGUAACUUGCAAAAUUUUGUGAUUAAUGGCAAUUAAAUAGUUGUUUGACAACCCUAUUUAUAGUAUAAUGCCCUCCGUUUUCUAAUUGUCAUCUGUUUAUCCAGCCUUUUCACUUGCAUGUGGUAUUUUCGUGGAAAUAAUUAGCACCAUCAUUUAGACUUAAGUCUUAAUUUGGACUGUAUCAAUUAGCAUCUUGUUCAUUUGACUUCGUCUACCAGACCCUGGAGGAUGGGCUCCCCCUUUGAGUCUGGUUCCUCCCAAGGAUUAUUCCUUCUAGGGAGGUUUUCCUUGCCACUUUCUUCUGGCUUGCUCAUUGGGGGCUUUGGGCAGGGACAAUGUAAAGCCUUUUAAGACAAUGUAAUGUUGUGAAAAUGCACUACACAAAUAAAAUUGAAUCAAUCUAUACAA